AUGUGCUAUACUUUAUAAGGUGCUCUGUCAGGUCGAUAUUGUCAGUUUAAUAGUUUAAGCUCAACUUAGUACUGUACGAACGGCAUUAUGGCUCCCAUCAAAUUUUACGCAGAUUUAAGGUCACAGCCGUGCAGGGCGGUAUAUAUUUUUAUGAAAGAAAACAAAAUUCCUUUUGAAUUUGUGAAAGUGGAUUUAUUUGCAGGCGAGCACAAACAGGACAAAUACACCAAGAUCAACCCCCGACAGCAGGUCCCCUUCAUAGAUGACAACGGUUUCACCUUAGGAGAAAGUGCGGCAAUAUUAUGCUAUAUUGCCCAGAAGAGCAAUGUGGCGGACCACUGGUACCCGAAAGACCCCCAAAAGAGGGCUCGUGUGGAUGAAUACCUACACUGGCAUCAUUCAUCGACCCGAGCGAAUGCAGCUAAAACUUUUAUGCUCCAGUUUUUUGAAACUAUCGCUGGAAGACCCAUAAACCAGGAAGAAGUUGCAAAAUACAAGACAGCUCUUGCAAAGACCGUCAGCCAGCUAGGAGAUAACUUCUUGAAGGACCGCGCUUUCCUCGCUGGUGACGAAAUCUCGAUCGCUGAUUUGCCUGCACUCUGCGAAUUAAUGCAACUGGACGCGAUCGGUCAGCAAGAUUUGUACCUGUCAAAUACAAAUGUGAAAAAGUGGGUAGUGCGAGUGAAUGGCAAAAUGAAGCCGUUAUUAGAGGAAUGUAACAAGGACGGAAUCGAAUUAUUGAGGAAACUUUGGUUGGAAAAAUCAUAGAUCUACAUUCCACUUUAUUUCGUUGCCUAUAUACAAUUGCUACGUUUUGGUUAAAUUGAAUAAAUUCUACAUUUGUGGUUCAAAUUACAGAAAACAAGUCCGAAAUUCAUCCAGUAAAGGAAUUUUAUGGCAAUGACACACGAUAAAUUGCAGUGAAAUAUCAUAUAAUGGAACAACACGAGCAAUAAUUAAUUCAUUUAAUUCCUGUAGUUUAACUUGAUCAUAACCUGCAUCAACGAAAAAAUCCUUCGAUAUGUGUUCAUCUCUUCCAAUAUUUUAUUUUGCUAUACUUACUAAGAGCCACUACUAUCAAUAUUGUACAGUAGUAUAUAUUUUGUAAUACAUUUCCUUCUCUAUUGUUGUUUGUGACAUGUUACGCAUAAGGCAGAUAAUUAGUGCUAUAACUUGUGAUUGAGUUAUUUUUCAUUAUUUGUGUAUUUAUGAAUUACUGAUGUGUGUAUGAUGAAAAGCUGUAUAUGCUUAAAUCAAAAUAAAUUUAUCUUUAUCUUAUCUUACUUAGCACAAGCCUGUUAAGUAAACAUAACUCUAAAACGGCAUCUGAUCCAGUUCCAAUACGUAAUGAUAUGUACGUAGUGAUGUUCUUUAAUACCGAGAUAUUUUUAAAAUCAAUAUAAAUAAUAAAAAAAUGCAAAAUUUA